UGUAGAAACUCUGAUACUGACAGGUUAUAAUAAGGUGAAACAUGAAGCGCUUAAUACCAUGAUUUGACGUUCUGAUCUCACAAGUGAGAAAAACAGCCGGUUUUUAUGUGACCACCUUUGCUCUUUUUAUUUACCAUGUUGUGUUUGAUGAACACUUGAAAUGUUUAUGUAAACAUGGUGUUAAACCAGAGGUUACUUAUAACCAUUGUAACGUCUACAUGGUGUUGCCAUUUCUGAUCUUGUUACUCUUGACUCUCUGGAUGGAUGGACAGUUUCAACGAGUCUUGAGAAUGACAUGCAGAUGUAAAUGUAAUUUGUGGGGAAUACUGUUGGCAAUCCUCAUUAAGGCGGUCACUAUAGGGUUGAUGUGGGUUGUGUCUGUACUCCUUGAUGGGGACUGGUACGUGUGCUAUCAAAGAACAGAACUUCCCUGCAAGAACAACACUGAUGACACACCCUACCAAGAGGAAUUAGAAAAGCAACUCGAAUCUCGUUUCAAAAGGGAGUCUGUGGUUUAUGGCUUGGUACUGGUUCUGGUUCUGCUUUUUGUGACUUCUAUUCUGACUGCAAUACCUUGGAGGGAUAUCUGUUCUAUUCUGUGUUCAAAGUGUAAGUGCAUGACGGACUGUAAAAUCAAACCUUAUCACAGGGCAUUGUUUGAGGAGAAUAUCAGGGAACAGACAGAAAUUCUUAUUGAAAAAGUAUUCAAGACAACAGCUAAGGAGUGUGUAGUUCUUAAAAGCAGAAAACUACUACAGACCUUUUCGACUGCAGUCCUUUCAGACACCACCACACAGGGAGGAGGCGGGGCAAGCAGCAGCUCCACCCAUCCUGAGGAGGAAGAUAGUAGCAGCAGCAACACCCAUCCUGAGGUGGAAGAUAGUAGGAGCAGCACCACCCUUCUUGAGGUGGAAGAUAGUAGCAGCAGCAACACCCAUCCUGAGGUGGAAGAUAGUAGCUGCAGCAACACCCAUCCUGAGGUGGAAGAUAGUAGCAGCAGCAACACCCAUCCUGAGGUGGAAGAUAGUAGGAGCAGCACCACCCUUCUUGAGGUGGAAGAUAGUAGCAGCAGCAACACCCAUCCUGAGGUGGAAGAUAGUAGCAGCAGCAACACCCAUCCUGAGGUGGAAGAUAGUAGCAGCAGCACCACCCAUCCUGAGGUGGAAGAUAGUAGGAGCAGCACCACCCGUCCUGAGGUGGAAGAUAGUAGGAGCAGCACCACCCGUCUUGAGGUGAAAGAUAGAGUGAUCACCUUUGACAACCUUGGUUUUGUCGAGAUAGCUGAUCUACAUUCUCAUAUAAUCAGCUCUUUGUUCCUUGAAUCGUCCAAAGAACAAACAAAUUCAAGGAACGAUAACCAAAGAAGUGGCCAGAUGCCACUACCUGAGGAAGGCCCUCAACCCUAACUGUGGUGUAAUAUUGGUAACUGGUAUAAUAUAGAUUUUUGAAUUAAAUGUGUGAAAUGUCACAUCAUUGGUUAAAAUAUGUAAAAUGAUAUAGACAUUAAUACUAUCAUACACUGUAUGUGAACCGUUCUUGAAAAAUGUGGCUUUCAAGUGAAAUACUAAAAUGAGCCACACAUAAAUAAAUUGUAGCGAGUAGCGACCCUGUGUUUAUAAGGCUACUUCUGUCUCACAAUAAACUGUGUUUCUGUUUAAGGUGACAUUAUUUAACCUUUAUUUAACUAGGCAAGUCAGUUAAGAACAAAUUCUUAUUUACGAUGACGGCCUUCCCCGGCCUCCCCUAACAAUGCUGGGCCAAUUGUGCGCCGCCCUAUGGGACUCCAGAUCACGCCCGGGAUCGAACCAGGGUCUGUAGUGAUGCCUCUAGCACUGAGAUGCAGUGCCUUAGACCGCUGCGCCACUCAGUAGCCUAAUCGUUUUGUACAAUACAACUAGUAUGGGUUAUAUGAAGGGGAGUGAACAACUGUGGGUGAUCAACCUCAACAACUACCCUGUAUAAGCUUGCAUAAUUUCACAGGGUAUAAAUGUGAGCCGGGUGGCAAACAUGGGACUGUUAGACCACAGUGAUGGCUGAGAGAGCUGUUCUAAACAAUCUUUAUUUUCCAAACUAUAACCAAUGUAACCUUGAUUAAUGCAUAUGUCUUAAUAUAACCAGUUAAUUAUAUGUUUUAUCCUUGAUGCUAAAAUUCAU